AAAUUUCUAACUCUUUUGCCGCCCCCCACACAUCUCUCUAUCUUUUCUCUCCCCACCUUCCACGGCGAUCUUCACCGGCAAAACACACACACAAUCAUUUCUUUUUGUUUUCAGGUUGGUUUGUUUUUAUUGGUGACCAAUUUUGAGUUUUUGAUGUGUGUAUGUGUAUGCUUAGUGUAUGUUAGGAGGGACUGAUCGAAAAGUGUUCAUAAAAUGGAGAACUACGAAAUACUUGAACAGAUUGGGAGAGGUUCCUUUGCUUGUGCUUUCCUUGUGAGGCAUAAACAUGAAAAGAAAAGGUAUGUUUUAAAGAAGAUUCGACUUGCUCGGCAGUCUGAUAGGACCCGUCGAUCUGCUCUCCUUGAGGUGGAACUUAUUUCCACUGUACAAAAUCCUUAUAUAGUCGAGUACAAAGAUUCAUGGGUCGAAAAGGGUUGCUAUGUAUGCAUUGUCAUAGCAUACUGUGAAGGAGGAGAUAUGGCGGACGCGAUAAAGAAAGCCAAUGGUGCUCAUUUUACAGAAGAGAAACUCUGCAAAUGGCUUGUUGAACUACUAGUGGCACUCGAUUAUCUGCAUGUUAAUCAUAUAAUUCAUCGUGAUGUCAAGUGUUCAAAUAUAUUCCUAACAAGAGAUCAGGAUAUCCGGCUAGGUGAUUUUGGUCUCGCAAAAAUGUUGACUUCUGACGAUCUUGCAUCCUCGGUUGUGGGAACUCCUAGUUAUAUGUGCCCUGAACUUCUAGCAGAUAUACCAUAUGGUUGUAAAUCGGAUAUCUGGUCAUUAGGAUGCUGUAUGUAUGAAAUGGCCGCUUUCAAGAAUGCAUUUAAAGCUUUUGAUAUGCAAUCUUUGAUCAACAAAAUAAACAAGUCUAUAGUGUCUCCGCUUCCAACCAUGUAUUCUGGCACAUUUCGAGGGCUUAUUAAGAGCAUGCUGCGUAAAAACCCAGAAAUGAGACCAAGUGCUGCUGAUUUGCUUAAACAUUCUCAUCUUCAACCUUAUGUAUAUAAACUCCAACUUAACUUCAACGGGCCUAGACGCCAAACACUUCCAGGGCGAUGGUCAGAUUGCAACUAUGAGAAGAAAACGACAUUCAUUGAGCCCGAGCCCCGUACUUUUCAUCAUUACAAUGAGAAAAGGCGAUCUAUUAAUGGUGACAGGGCUUUGAAUCCUAGUAUCUCUGAACAUGAUCAACACUCUUCUUUCUCUCAAAGUUCAACUAGAAAGCUAUCCAUUGGUAGUGUUGAAGAAUAUAUACAUACUGAGAAAUUAGUUGCUGCGAAGAUAUCAAAUGCUGUCAGAACUCCUAGAUCGACUUUGGCAAAAACUUCUGUUACUACUCCUAGAAGACAAAUAAUCAGACGGAGUUCAAAUCGCGAUUUGCUCCCAGUAUCACAAUCUCCUGCCAGCCAAUCAUCACAAACAACUCGUAGGACGUCGUUACCCUUGGCAGCAAGAGCCAGAAAUCCCUACUUGGGUUUUGAAUCCCCAGACGUAUCGGUCAAUGCUCCCCGCAUGGACAAAAUGACAGAGUUUCCUUUAACCUCUACACAAGAACCCUUAAUCCUGCCUGUUUGUAGAACUUCUACAACAUCAGCUCAGUGUUCUUCCAGUACUUCUCCAAGCCCCAUCCUGGACCGAUCAGUUACAAUAGACAUGUGUACAGUCAAGACCGUGAACCCCAUUCAAAGUCACCAAACAUCUGCUAGUGGGGCACAUUCUACAAACAACAGGAGUGAUGAUACAUCUUCAGAUUCACGGGGGGAUAGGCGUAGAUUUGACAUGUCAUCAUAUCAACAACGUGCCGAAGCAUUAGAGGGGUUGUUAGAGUUCAGUGCGCAGCUAAUGCAACAAGAACGGAUAGAAGAAUUGGCAGUGCUAUUGAAGCCAUUCGGGCCUGAAAAGGUGUCUCCUAGAGAAACUGCUAUUUGGUUGUCAAAGAGCUUCAAGGUCACCACAGCUGCAACAGGAAGUGGAGCUAGUGUUGUUGGGAAUUCAUAGUCCAUAUAUGUAUCUUGCCACGUUUUGGUUCUCGUUUUUGUUGUCGUGUAGAGCGGAGUUGGAGUAACGUUAGUUGUGGUGAACUGCUUGUUCAUACAAACUAUGCAAACUAGGAAGAGACUAUGUAAGCUGACAAUGUCGACCAAUUUACUUGUGAAUGAGUCAAUUUGGGUCGUCUACUUUUGUUCCCUCUUAAGUUGGUCAAAUAGACUCUUACAAUGAAACUAUUGUGUGCGUUAAGCCGUCUAAA